AUGCUGAAAAAAUAUCAGCACACCCUAGCCUUGGCGUUUGCUGUGAAUGAAAUCAAUGGAAACAGCAUGAUCUUACCCAACAGCACCCUGGGAUUUCAUGUCUAUGAUAGCCACUUUGAUGCCCAGAUAACUUAUCAGAACACACUGAACCUUCUCUUUAAUCAGAAGCCAACUAUCCUCAACUACAACUGCAGCAAGAAGAUUCCAGCAGCUGUCAUUGGGGGUACUGACUCAGAAACAUCCCUCCACAUAGCUACUAUCUUAGGCAUCUACAAGAUUCCUCAGGUAACCUAUUGUUUAUAUACUCCACCAGUGAAUGACAUAAGCCACCACUCUUUCUUAUACCGCACGGUUCCUAAUGAAGCACAUCAGUACACUGGGAUUGUCCGGCUAUUGCUUCAUUUUCAGUGGAAUUGGGUUGGAAUGAUGGCCAUGGAGGAUGAUAAAGGAGAACAGUUUGUGCAGACCUUGGGAAAAAAAAUUUCUGAUAAUGGAAUUUGCACUGCCUUCACUGAACGAAUGCCAAUCCAAAGCAAUAUUAUAGGUGUUGUUAGUUUCAAUGACUUGUUUAGAGGAAUGGCCCUGUUGCUCAGUGAAGCAAAUGUUAAUGUCUGCAUUGUAAGUGCUGAUGCUCAUAUGAUGUUAGAUCUGCAGAUAGUGCUCAAUCUUGCUGAAUCAGAAAUGACAGUGCCUGUGCAGAAGGUAUGGGUUAUGACAGCCCAUUGGGAUUUUUCAGUGGAGCCCUUUUUAAAUAAUUUAAAUAUGCACGUCUUCCAUGGUGCCUUGUCCUUUGCCAGUCACACCACUGAGAUGUCAGCAUUUCAAAAUUUCCUUCUCUUCCAGAAUCCCCAUUCUGUUACAGAUAGUUUUAUCAGAGUCUUCUGGGAGCAAGCAUUUAAAUGCUUGUUUCCAGCUUCUGGCAUAGAUAUGGAGAACCAUAGAACCUGUACUGGCAGUGAGAAACUAGAAAGCCUUCCACAGCCUUUUUUUGAAAUGAGCAUGACCAGUCAAAGCUACAGUGUUUACAAUGCUGCCUAUGCUGUGGUGCAUGCUUUGCAUGCAUUGUAUUCAUCCAGAAGGAAACAUGGAACCAUGCUGGGUGGAGAUAGCCCAAGGACUUCUGAAUCAUGGUAUUUUCAGCUUUACCAUUUCCUAAGUCGAGUCUCCUUUAAUAACAGUGCUGGAGACAAGGUGUCUUUUGACAAGAAGGGUGACUUGCAAGCUGGAUUUGACAUUAUCAAUUGGGUUACUUUCCCUAACAAAUCCUUCAUGAAAGUGAAAGUAGGACAAAUGGAUCCUCAAGCACCAUCAGGCAAGAAGUUCUCCAUCGAUGAAACAAAAAUCACAUGGCAGGCCCAUUUUAACCAGACUAUACCUCUUGCUCUGUGCAAUGGUCAUUGCCCUCCAGGUUCCAGAAAGAGAAGGAAGGAAGGGAAGCCAUUUUGUUGCUAUGAUUGUAAUAUAUGUGCGUCAAGGAAGUUUUCAAAUGAGAGAGAUAUGGAUGAUUGCUUAGACUGUCCAGAAGAACAGUAUCCAAACAAGGAAAAAAACCUGUGCAUUCCCAAGGAUCUAAAUUUUUUGUCUUACAAUGAAACUCUGGGCAUCACUUUGGCUGUUUUGGCUCUGUCCUUUUCUGUGACCACAGCAGUGGUGCUUGGAAUUUUCAUAAAACAUCAGAAUACUCCCAUUGUCAAAGCCAACAACCGGAAUCUGACUUAUGUUCUGCUUCUUUCACUCUUCCUCUGCUUUCUCUGUUCCUUGCUCUUCAUUGGUCAGCCCCAAUCACUGACCUGUCUUCUCCGUCAAAUUGCUUUUGGGAUUAUCUUCUCGGUUGCUGUUUCUUCAGUUUUGGCCAAAACCAUUACAGUGGUUCUGGCAUUUAUGGCUACUAAGCCAGGAUCAAAAAUGAGAAAAUGGGUGGGGAAAAGAUUUUCAAACUCUCUGGUUCUCUGUUGUUCCUGCAUUCAAGCAAGUAUUUGCAUAUUAUGGCUGUGUACUGGCCCUCCAUUCCCAGAUUUGGACAUGCAUUCUCUUCCAGAAGAAAUUGUAGUUGAAUGCAAUGAAGGAUCAGGCAACAUGUUCUAUUAUAUUCUAGGAUAUAUGGGAUUUCUGGCUCUUAUCAGCUACAUUGUGGCUUUCUUUGCUCGGAAGCUACCAGACACUUUUAAUGAAGCCAAAUUUAUUGCUUUCAGCAUGCUGGUGUUUUGCAGUGUAUGGGUGUCUUUUGUCCCAACUUAUCUGAGCACUAAAGGAAAAUACAUAGUAGCUGUGGAGAUCUUCUCCAUUUUGGCUUCCAGCAUUGGAAUAUUGGGGUCUAUCUUUUUUCCUAAAUGCUACGUAAUUGUCCUGAGACCAGAACUGAACACAAAGGAGCAUCUAAAAAUGAAAAAUUAG